GCGCCCGGGCAGUCCCGGCGGAGCGCCGCGGAACGCCGGAGGGAUGCCCCGAGCGGGUGCUACCCUCCGUAGGCGGACGAGGCCUGUGGUGCGAGCCGCCAACGCCACGCCCGCCCCGGGGAACCACACAGGCACCUGCAGCCAAGUGAAGCCACCCCCGCAGGGAACCUUCCGAGUCCUUCGUGGCAACGGCACUUCUGUGGGGACAGUGUUGCUGUUCCAGUGCCCCUCUGGCCACCAGAUGGGGGGGCCUGGCCUCGUCACCUGUGCCUGGAAGGGGAGCGUUGCUGAGUGGUCAUCAGGGACGCCAGUGUGCAAGUCUAUGCCCCUAUAUGAGACCUUUGGCUUCAGGGUGGCCGUGAUUGCCUCCAUCGUCAGCUGUGCCAUCAUCUUGCUCAUGUCUAUGGCCUUCCUCACCUGCUGCCUAAUGAAGUGUGUGAAGCGGACAGAGCAGCAGCGCUCUGACAGGACGGCCCAGCUGUGGUACCAGCUCAGAGGCAAGGACCUGGAGACGGUGCAGGCAGCCUACCUCAGCCUCAAAGGCCUGAACAACAACAACAACAGCCACCCCAGCAGCCACCCCCGCUUGGGCGAAGCUGCUGUGCAGGCACAUGACAACCACUGCUUCACCACAGACCAUGCCAAGGGUACCAGAGAGCUGGCCAGCAUGGGCCCCAGUGUGAAUAAGGACCCGUGGACACCUGCACCUGAUGCUCUGAACCCCAGUGUCUCCUCCAGCUUACCCCACACCCAGGUGAUGGUGCACAUAGAGAGCCUCGUGCAGACCCUGCCUGCCUCUGGACCCACCCUAGAAAUGCCAGGAAAGGCAUCAGCAAACAUACUGGGAUGACCAAGAAGCUGCAGCCCAUGCCUGCCGGCCCACUCAGCCAGCCUGCGAUCUGGUCUCCAUGCGUGUCUACCUGGAAAUGGCGACAUCUCAGGGCUGAGCUGACACCGGAGACUGGGGGCCUCAAUGGGGGUAUGCUGUACCGAGGGAGCCUGGCUAUAGCCAUUUUUAUAGAUAUGGCUUCCUCGAAACCACUGCUGAGGUUAACACACCAGCUGUAGCCUCCUGCUAACCUGGGUUUCUUUAAGAAGACUGAGAAACGGUUUUAGAAAAUCAAGUUUUGUAUAAUAGACUAAGAAAAUAGCAAUAAACUUUUUUUUUUUCAGCAAUUACAAAUGGCCGUUCUAAAACUCAGCAUCUUCUUUAGCAGGAUAUUCUGCUACUAAGCAGGGAUUCAGCCGAGGUUUCUGCAUCCGUUGCCUAUAAAGUUGAGGAUGAGCGUAUGAAAUAAAACAACUCUCUAGUACUGAAAAGCACAAAGGUAAAAAUCACUGUCCCAAUUUUUGAUGCCUUUGUAACAAAACCUCAAAUCUAGUGGCAUAAAACUAAACCCCCCAAAAAACCCACUGCCGUCGAGUCAAUUCCGACUCAUGGUGACCCUAUAGGACAGGGUAGAACUGCCUGGUAGUUUCCAAGGAGCGCCUGGUGGGUUUGAACUGCCGACCUUUUGGUUAGCACCGGUAGCACUUAACCACUACACCGCCAGGCAUAAAACUGGUCAUUUAUUAUUAUCUCUCAGGGCUCUGGGCUUCACUGGGCUCAGCAGGACGGUUCUCAUUCAGGGUGUUUCACGGUGGUUGCAGUCAGGCAGUGACUAGUGCUGGGAUCAUCGCAAAGGCUAAUUCACUCACGUGCCUGAUCUCAUGGGGUUUUUUGGUCAGAAAAUUCACAUGUGGCUGAUUCCAUAUGUCCUGGGCUUCCUUAAAACAUGGAGGCUGGGUUCCAGGGGUGAGAGUCCCAACUGCAGGUGCCAGGCAGAAGCAGCAUUGCCUUUUAUGACCUGGCCUGGGAAAUCACAUAGCAUCACUUCUGUUGCAUUCUAUUAAGAGCAGAGAACACCCAUUCCCAGAGUAUGACCUUCACCCACAUCUGCGAGUUCUAUUGUAUUAACAAGUACACUAUUCAGACCUUCCCAACCUUAUUUCCCUCCUCACCCACUUGUGUCCACCUGAUCUGUCAGUGCCUGGCAGGAGGGGCUACACUGUUAGAAGUACUUCUCUUAAUUUUUCCUUCCAUUUACUAUGGAGCCCUGGUGGCACAGUGGUUAAGAGCUCUGCUGCUAAACAAAAGGUCAGCAGUUGGAAUCCACCAGCCACUCCUCGGAAAUCCUAUGGGGCAGUUCUACUCUGUCCUAUAAGGCCGCUGAGUCUGAAUCGAGUCAAUAGCAGUGGAUUUGGGUUUUUUUUUUUUUUUUUGGCUUCAUUUACUAUAUAAGAUCUUUGAUAAUAAAUUUUGAUUCUUAUAAAGGUAAUAUGUUUUACCUUGAAUUCACUCUUGUUAGCUUAUAAAAUCAGCCCCUUACUUUCCAAAAAAGAAUUAAGGCCAACCCAUGAUCAGUGGGAAGGGAACUAGACUCUCCUUCUAAAUGAGAAGAAACCAUUACAAUCACAUUUAACCCAAUUACUUGUAAAAGCAAUUAUAUUUUAAAAAAAGCCUGUGUCUCUUACCCUUCCAGCCUUACUCCCACGGAUGUUGGUGUUAACUUUGUGUAUACAUAACUAUGUAUACGCACAUACGUGUAUAACAAGAUGUGGUUUUUAUCUUUUUUUUUGUAUUGCUCUGUAGUAAGUUUUGAAAUAAGGAUGUGUGAGUCUUUGAGACUACUUCAUUCCUCUUUUUUCAGCAUUAUUUUGGCUAUUCUACAUUCCUCGCAAUUCCAUAUGAAUUUUAGAAUCAGCUGGGAUUCUGAUGGGGAUUAUGUUGAAUCUCUAGAUCAGUUUAGAGAGUUUUGCCAUCUUAACAAUGUUAAAUCUUCCAGUCCAUGAACAUGGGAUACUUUUCCAUUUUUUUAGACUUUUAAUGUCUCUCAACAAUGUUUUAUAGUUUUCAGAGUAUAAAUUUUGUUCUUCUUUUGCUAAAUUUAUUCCUGAGUAUUUAAUUCUUUUUGGUGCUAUUGUGAAUGGAAUUAUUUUUUUAAUUUUAUUUUUGCAUUGUUCAUUGCAGGUGUAUAGAAAUACAACCUCAAUGAACUCAUUUAUUAGUCAUAAUAGUUUUUGGUGGAUUUCUUAGGAUUCUCUAUGUAUAAGAUCAUGUCAUCUAUGAAUAGAGAUAGUUUUGCUUCUUCAUUUCCAAUCUGGAUGCCUUCUAUUUCUUUGUCUUGCCGACUUGCCCUGGCUACAAUCUCCAGUACAGUGUUGAAUAGAAGUGGCGACAGUUGACAUCCUGGUCUUGUUCCUGAUCUUAGGAGGAAAGCAUCCAGUGUUUCACCAUUUAGUGUGAUGUUAGGUAUGGUAUUUUUUAUAAAUGCCCUUUAUUAAGUUGAGGAGGUUCCCUUGCAUCCAUGUGAUAAAUCCCACUUGGUCAUAGCGUAUAAUUCUUUGUAUAUGUUGCUGAAUUCAGUUCGCUAGUAUUUGGUGAGGAUUUUUUUUUUUUUUUGGUCCAUAUUCAUAAAAUAUAUUGGUCUGUAGUUUUCUUUACUUGUGAUGUUUCUGUCUGGUUUUAGUAUCAGAGUAAUACUGGCCUCAGAAUGAGGUGAAGACUAUUCCCUCCUCUUCCGUUUUUCAGAAGAGUUUGUGAAGAAUUACUAUUAAUUCUUCUUUAAAUCUUUGGUAGAAUUCAGCUGUGAAAACUUCUGGUUCUGGACUUAUCUUUCUGAGUAGUUUAUUGAUUUCUGAUUCAAUCUCUUCACUUGUUAAAAUUUAUACAGAUUGUCAUUUCUUCUUGAGUCAGUUUUAGUAUUUUGUCUUCCUAGGAAUUUGUCUAUUUCAUCUAAGUUAUCUAAUUUGUUGGCAUAUGAUUGUUCAUAGUGUUUCUUUGUAAUCCUUCUUAUUUCUGUGAGUUUGAUAGUAAUGUCCACCUUUUCAUUUCUCAUUCUAGUAAUUUGAGUCUUCUUUCUUUUAGUCAAACUAGCUAAAGAUUUGUCAGUGUUUGAUUUUUUCAAAGAACCAGUUUUUGGUUGCAUUGAAUUUCUUUAUUGCUUUUCUAUUCUCUGUUUAUUAAUUUUCACUCUUAUUUUUAUUAUUCCCUUCUCUCUGCUUAUUUUAGGUUUAGUUUGCUCUUCUUUUUCCAGUGUCCAAAGAUGGAAGGUUAGGUUAGUGAUUUGAGAUCUUUCUAUUUUUCUUUAAGUGAAAGUUUACAAAUCAAGUCAGUCUCUCAACAAAAAUUUAUAUGCACCUUGCUAUAUACUCCUAAUUGCUUUCCCCCUAAUGAGACACUUCUUCCAUGCCUUCCUUCCACUCUCUAUUUUUGUGUCCAUUCAGCCAGCUUCUGACCCCCUCUGCUCUCUCAUCUCCCCUCAAGACAGGAGAUGCCAACAGAGUCUCAAGUGUCUGCUUGAUUCAAGAAGCUCAUUCUUCACCAGUAUCAUUUUCUAUCCCAUAGUCCAGUCCAAUCCUUGUCUGAAGAGUUGGGUUUGGCAAUGGUUCCUUGUCUUGGGCUAACAGAAGGUCUGGGGAUCAUGACCUCUGUGGUCCUUCUAGUCUCAGUCAGACCAUUAAGUCUGGUCUUUUUACGAGAAUUUGGGGUCUGCAUCCCACUGCCCUCCUGCUCCCUCAGGGGUGAGAUCUUUCCUUCUUAAUAUAGGCAUUUACAGCUAUAAAUUCUCCUUUAAGCACUGCAUCAGCUGCAUCCCAUAAGUUAGUUUUCAUAUGUCUUUGACCCAUUGAUUAUUUAGGAGUGUGGUGUUUAGUUUACAUAUAUAUUUGAGCUUUCCAAAUCUUUCCCUGUUACUGAUUUCUAAUUUCAUUCCAUUGUAGUCAGAGAACAUUGAAUUAUUUCUAUCCUUUUAGAUUUAUUGAGACUCAGUUUAAGGCCUGGCAUAUAGACUUAUCCUGGAGAAUAUUCUAUAUGCACUUGAGAAGAAUAUAUAUUCUGUGGUUGUUGGGUAGAGUGUUCUAUAUAGAUGUCUCUUAUGUCUCGUUGGUUAUAGUGUUGUUCAAGUCUUCUAUUUGCUGUCAAUCUUCUCUCUAGUUGUUAUAUCCAUUAUUGAAAAUUGGAUAUUGACAUUUCCCACCAUUAUUGUUGAAUUGUCUAUUUCUCCAUUUCUGUCAGUUUUUGCUUCUGUAUUUUGGUGCUCUGUAAUUAGGUGUACAUUUUUUUAUUUUCCUGAUGGAUUGACCUUUCUAAUCAUUGCGAAAUACCAUCUUUAUCUGUAGAAACAUUUUUGGUUUUAAAGUAUAUUUUGUCUGAUAUUAGUAUAGCCACUCCAGGUUAGCCAUGGCUGGUAUUUCAAUGUCUUUUUUCGUUCUUUUACUAUUUGUGUCUUUAAAUCUAAAGUGUGUCUCCUCUAGAAAACAUAUAGUUUGAUCAUGUUUUUUAUUCAGUCUGACACUUUCUGCCUUUCGACUGGAUUAUUUAAUCCAUUUACUUUUAGGGUUAUUAGUGAUAUGGUUGCAUUUACAUCUACCAUCUUUCCUUUUGUAUUCCAUACAUCUCAUGACUUUUUUGUUCCUCCUUUACUGCUUUCUUUGCAUUGAGCGAAUAUUUUCUGAUCUAGCAUUUUAAUGUCUUUAAUGAUUGUUUCACCAUAUUUUUGAGGGUUUGCCAUAUACAAUUAUCAAAAUCAGUUUCGGAGUUAUACUAGCUUAAUUCCAGUAAUAUAUGGAACCAUAUAGUUCUUUGUCCUUUUUCUCCUUUUUGUGGUAUUAUUGUUAUACAUAUUAUAUCUAUUAACAUUAUAAACCCAAUAGCACAUUGUUAUAAUUACUACUUUACCAUCUAUUGUCAUUUCCUUAGCCCAUUACAGCAUCACUGCUACUCACCUCUUUUGGGCUAUUAUUAGCAAAUACAUUACACAUAUUACACAUUUCUACAUGUUAUAGGCCCAACAAUAUCAUAUACAUACUGUUUCAUGUGAUUCCUCUUUUUUUAAAUAAUGUUUUUGGUGAAUGUUUACACAGCAGUUUAGGUUUCCAUUCAACAAUUUCUACACAAAUUGUUCAGUGACAUGGCUUACAUUCUUCACAAUGCAUGAACAUUCUCAUUAUUUCCAUUCUAGUUGUUCCAUUUCCAUUGAUCUAGUUUCCCUGCCCCCUUUAUCUUCUUAUCUUUGUUUUACAGUAACUGUAGACCAUGUGGUCUCAUAGAGAGCCCCGGUGGUGCAGUGGUUAAGACUUAGCUGCCAACAAAAAGGUCAGCAGUUCAAAUCCACCAGCCACUCCUUGGAAACCCUAUGGGGCAGUUCUACCUUGUCAUGUACCAUCUCUUUGAGUCAGAAUCAACUUGACUGCAAUGAGUUAGGUUUUGGAUUUUAGAUGAUUUUUUAAAGGAGCACAGUACUCUUGGGUGAUACUCUUUAUUUUGUGAGCCAAUCUGUUGUGUAGCUAAAAGGUGACCUUGGGCUAGUUUUGGUCCAAGGUUUGAAGAGUAUCCCAGGGCAAUAAUCUCAGGAAGUCCUCCAGUCUCAAUCAGUCCAGUAAGCCUGGUUUUUGUUUUUUUAGGAAUUUGAGGUUCUGUUCCACACUUUUCUUCCAUUCUAUCAGGGCUCAUCUAUUGUGGCCUUGAUUGGAAUGGUAGAUAGUGGUAGCUGGGCACCAUCUAAUUCUUCUGGUUUUGGGGUAGUUGAGUCUAUGGUUUAUGUAGACUGUUAUUAGUCCUGUAGACUAGUUUCUUCUUUGACUCUUUGGUUUGCUUCUUUCUCUUUUGCUCCAGACAAGUAGAGAACAAUAAUUGUAUCUUAGAUAGCCACUCACAAGCUUUUAAGACCCCAGAUACUAUUCACCAAACUAGGAUGGAGUACAUAAACUGUAUGAACCAUAUUAUGCCAAUUGACUGAGUUGUCCCACGAGACUAUGGUCUUGAUCCUUCAAAACCAGAAAACCAAUCCCACAAGGUAUUCAAUUAAUUCUAUGUAACCAUGCCCCCAUGUGCUUUAUUAUAUAUAUAUAUAUGAAUAUAGAUGCAUAUACACAUAUAUAUAUAUGCAUACAUCUAUACACACACACAUAUAUAUUCAUAUACACAUACCUGUACACAUAUAUAAGGAGCCCUGCUGGCACAGUGGUUGAAGCACUUGGCCACUAACGAAAAGACCAGCAGUUUGAACCCACUAGCCAGUUAGAACCCAACAGCCACUCCAAGGGAGAAAGAUGUGGCUGUCUGCUUCUGUAAAGACUGCAGCCUUGGAAAUUCUAUGGGACAGUUCUACUCUGUCCUACAGGGUUGCUUUGAAUCGGAAGUGACUCAACAGCAACAGGUUUUGGUCUUAUCCACAUAUAUGCCUAAAUAUGUACAUAUGGACCUAUACGUAUAAUUUUUGGCUGUUGUUGCAAAAUUAUAUUUGUCCUAAAAAACACUUUGCUGUCUAAUCAAUUCUGACUCAGCAACCCUAUAAGACAGAGUAGAGCUGCCCCAUAGGGUUUCCAAGGAGCAGCUGGUGGAUUUGAACUGCUGACCUUUUGGUUAGCAGCUGUAUCUCUUCACCGCUACGCUACCAGGGUUUCCAUAUAUGUCCUAGCAAUUACCAAAAGGUUCUUUUUUCUUGUGUACAUCUGAGUGACAUCAUUUACCUUCGUCAAGCUGUGCACACUUCGCACUCGUUUGGUGUUAUCUUUCCCAUUACCGAAAAUAACAAGUGUCUACUAUCUAGAGAGUAAAUCUCCCUCUCCCCUCCCCUAUCCCUGGUAACCACUUAAUAAACAUUAGUUUCUGUAUAUCUACCUAUUCAAGUCGUUUCAUAAAAGUGAAAACAUACAAUAUUUUGUGUGUGUAUGUGAUUGACUUAUUUUGCUCAACAUAAUGUCCUUGAGGUUCAUCUAUAUUGUAAGAUGUUCUAGAAACUUAUUUUUCUUUAUUACUGAAUAGUAGUCUAUUGUGUGUAUGUACCACAUUUUACUUAUCCAUCCAUCCAUUGAUGGGCAUUUAAUGCUGCAGUGAGCAUAGGUGUGCAUAUGUCUGUGUCACUUUGAUUAGAUCCCUAGGGUGUAUUACCUAGGAGUGGAAUUGCCUCAUCCCUUAGCAGCUCUACCUCUAGUUUUUCGAGGAACUGCCAGACUAUUUUCCAUAAUGGCUGUGCCAUUUUGCAUUCCCACCAGCAAUGGAUGAGGGUUCCAAUUUUUUCACAUCCCUAUAACACUUGUUAUUUGUUUUUUAAAAAAUUAUUAUUACCUUAGCUAUCCUUUUAGCUAUCCUAGUGGGAAGCCCUGAUGGCACAGUGGUUAAACACUCAACUGCUAACUGAAAGGUCAGCAGUUCAAACUCACCAUCUGCUCCGCAGAAGAAAGAUGUGGUAGUCUGCUUUCGUAAAGGUUUCAGCCUUGGAAACACUAUGAGACAGUUUUACUCUGUUUAUAGACUCGACAUGGGUCAGAAUCCACUCAAUGGCAAUGGGUUUAUUCUAGCGGGAGUGAAAUGGUAUCUCAUUGUGGUUUUGGUUUGUGUUUCUCUGAUGGCAAUGACAUUGAGCAUCUUUUCAUGUGUCUGUUGGCCAUUUGAAUAUCCUCUUUGGAGAAGUGUCUGUUCAUGUCCUUUGCUCAGGUUUUGAUUGGGUUAUUUGUCUUUUUGUUGUCAAGUUGUAGACAUUUGCUAUAUAUUUUAGAUAAUAUAUUUUAGAUAUUAAGCCCUUAUUGGUUAUAUCGUUCCCAAAGAUUUUUUCCCUGUCUGUAGGUCGUCUCUUUACUUUUUUAAGUCUUUUGAUGAACAUAAGAAUUUAACUUUUAUGAAGUCCCAGUUAUCUGUUUUGUUUUCCAUUGCUCUUGCAUUUGUUGUUGUGUUUGAUAAUCUAUCAUUGAAAAAAAUUAGGUGCCAAAGCUUUGCUUCUAUAUUUUCUUCCAAGAACGUUAUGGUUUUAGAUUUAACAUUUAGGUUCUUGAUCCAUUUUGAAUUAAUUUUUGUGUUUGGUGUGAGGUAUGGAUUUUGUUUCAUUUUUCUGCGUAUGAAAAAUCCAGUUCUGCCAGCAUCAUUUGUUGGAGAGACUGUUUAUUCCCCCAAUGAAUGGAUUUGGCUCCCUUGUUGAAAAUCAAUUGACCAUAGAUGUUUGGAUUUACUUCUGGAUUUUCAGUUCUAUUCCAUUGGUCUAUAUGUCUAUCAUUAAACUAGUACCAGGCUGUUUUGAUUAGCUGUGUAAAUGUUUUGAAGUCAAGAAGUGUGAGGACUCCUACUUUUUUCUUCAAAAUUCCUUUGGCUAUUCGGGGUCUACUGUGUUGCCAUAAAAUAAAAUUGAAGAUUAGUUUUUCUGUUUCUGUAAAGAAUGCCGUUGGAAUCUUUGUUGGGAUUGUGUCGUAGCUGUAGAUUUCUUUGAGUAGUAUUGACAUCUUGAUUAUAUUAAGUCUUUCAAUCCAUGAGCACCUAAUAUCUUCUUUAAUUUCAGCAGUGUUUUAUAAUUUUCAUUGUACAAGUCCUCCACAUACCUGUGUAAAUUUAUUCCUAGAUAUUUUGUUCUCUUGGAUGCUGUAUAAUUGCUUUUUGAAUCAGUUAAGAGGACAGAAAAAUAUUCAUCAAUAAUGACUAUUUUUAUUAUAUCUUUCCCAGGGCUCUUUGUGUGGAUUUGAAUUACUCCCUGGGGUCACUUGGUUCUGCUAGCAGUGGAUUCUCUCAGUUUUUGUUUAUCCAGGAAAGUCUUUAUUUAGCCUCCACUUUUGAAGGAUAGCUUUACUGGAUAUAGGAUUUGUGGUUGACAGUUUUUUUUUUUUUUGGGAGCAAUUUAAACAUGUUAUCCCACUAUGUUCUGGCCUCCAUUGUUUCUGCUGGAAAGUCCCUGUUAAUCUUAUUGCAGUUCCCUUGUAAGACACAUCAUUUUUCUCUUGCAGCUUUCAAGAGUUUCUACUUGUCUUUGACAUUCAUAAUUUUUACUAUGAUGCUUCUGUUUUGGGUCUCUUUGCAUUUAUCCUAUUUGGAGUUUGUUGAGCUUCCUGGAUGUAAAGGUUAUUCUUUUUCAAUAAACUUAAGGUUUCUAAUUAAUUCUUCUUCUUUUUUUUUUUUCUUUAAUUUUUAUUGUGCCUUAAGUGGAAGUUUACAAAUCAGGUCAGUCUCUCAUACAAAAAUUUACAUAAACCUUGCUAUACACUCCUAAUUGCUCACCCUCUAAUGAGAUAGCUCAGUUCUUCCCUCCACUUACUCUCCUCAUGUCCAUUCAGGUAGCUUCUCUCAUCUCUCCUCCAGACAGGAGAUGCCAACAUAGUCUCAUGUGUCUACUUGAUCCAAGAAGCUCAUUCUUGACCAGUAUCAUUUUCCAUCCCAUAUUCCAGUCCAAUCCCUGUCUGAAAAGUUGGCUUUGGGAAUGGCUCCUGUCUUGGGCUAACAGAAGGUCUGGGGACUAUGGCCUUCGGAGUCCUUCUAGUCCCAGUUUGACCAUUAAGUCUGGUCUUUUUACGAGAAUUUGAAGUCUGCAUCCCACUGCUCUCCUGCUCCCUCAGGGGUUCUCUGUUAUGUUCCCUGUCAGGGCAGUCAUCGGUUGUGGGCGGGUACCAUCUAGUUCUUCUGGUCUCAGGCUGAUGUAGUCUCUGGUUUAUGUGGUCCUUUCUGUCUCUUAGGCUCAUAAUUACCUUGUAUCUUUGAUGUUCUUCAUUCUUCUUUGCUCCAAGUGGGUUGAGACCAAUUGAUGCAUCUUAGAUAGCAGCUUGCUAGCAUUUAAGAUACCAGACGGCACUCUCCAAAGUGGGAUGCAGAAUGUUUUCUUCAUAGAUUUUAUUAUCCCAAUUGACUUACAUGUCCCCUGAAACCAUGGUCCUCAAACCCCCACCCCUGCUACGCUGGCCUUUGAAGCGUUCAGUUUAUUCAGGAAACCUCUUUGCUUUUGGUUUAGUCCAGUUGUGUUGACCUCUCCUGUAUUGUGUAUUGUCUUUCCCUUCACCUAAAAUACAACUUAUCUACUAUCUGAUUAGUGCAUACCCCUCUCCCUCCUUUCCUCCCUCCCCCUCUCAUAACCAUCAAAGAAUAUUUUCUUCUCUGUUUAAACUAUUUCUCAAGUUCUUGUCUUACACAAUAUUUGUCUUUUUGCAACUAAUUUCACUCGGCAUAAUGUCUUCCAGAUUUCUCUAUGUUAUGAAAUGUUUCAUGGAUUCAUCAUUGUUCUUUAUCAAUGUGUAGUAUUCCAUUGUGUGAAUAUGCCAUAAUUUAUUUAUCCAUUCAUCCGUUGAUGGGCACCUUAGUUGCUUCCAACUUUUUGCUAUUGUAAACACUGCUGCAAUGAACAUAGAUGUGCAUAUAUCUCUUUGUGUAAAGGCUUUUAUUUCUCUAGGAUAUAUUUCAAGGAGUGGGAUUGCUGGAUCAUAUAGUAGUUCUAGUUCUAGUUUUUUAAGGAAACGUCAAAUUGAUUUUCAAAGUGGUUGUACCCUUUUACACUCCCACCAGCAGUACAGAAGUGUUCCAGUCUCUCCACAACCUCUCCAACAUUUAUUAUUAUGUGUUUUUUGGAUUAAUGCCAGCCUUGUUGGAGUGAGAUGGAAUCUCAUUGUAGUUUGAUUUGCAUUUCUGUAAUGGCUAAUGAUAGUGAGCAUUUCCUCAUGUAUCUGUUAGCAGCCUGAAUGUCUUCUUUAGUGAAGUGCCUGUUCAUAUCCUUUGCCCAUUUUUUAAUUGUGUUAUGUGCCUUUUUGUGGUUGCGUUUUAGCAGAAUCAUGUAGAUUUUAGAGAUCGGGCGCUGAUCGGAAAUGUCAUAGCUAAAAACUAGUUCCCGGUCUGUAGGUAGUCUUUUUACUCUUUAGGUGAAGUCUUUGGAUGAGCAUAGGUCUUUGAUGUUUAGGAGCUCCCAGUCAUCUGGUUUCUCUUCUGCAUUUUUAGUAAUGUUUUCUGUACUGUUUAUGCCAUGUAUUAGGGCUCCUAAUGUUGUCCCUAUUUUUUCUUCCAUGAUGUUUAUCAUUUUAGAUUUUAUAUUUAGGUCUUUGAUCCAUUUUUUAGUUCAUUUUUGUGCAUGGUAUGAGGUAUGGGUCUUGUUUCGUUUUUUUUGCAGAUGGAUGUCCAAUUAUGCCAGCACCAUUUGUUGAAAAGACUGUCUUUUCCCCAGUUAACUGCCUUUGGGCCUUUGUCAAAUAUCAGCUGCUCAUAUGAGGAUGGAUUUAUGUCUGGAUUCUCAAUUCUGUUCCAUUGGUCUAUUUAUCUGUUGUUGUACCAGUACCAGGCUGUUUUGACUACUGUGGCAGUAUAAAAGGUUCUAACAUCAGGUACAGUGAGGCCUCCCACUUUGUUCUUCAUUUUCGGUAAUGCUUUAUUUAUCCGGGUUCUCUUGCCCUUCCAUAUGAAGUUGGUGAUUUGUUUCUCCCCAGAUGGCAUUCUUAACUUCCAGUUCAAUGAACAGUAAUGUGUCUCUAAGUGAGAGCAUUUGUCUCUUUGUAACUAACACCUCUAGACCUGCAGAGCAUAGGGUCAUAGGGACAGGAAGCAAAAAUUUUGCAAGUGGGUCACUAGGGGUAAUAGUGAAUGGUGCCACUCCCAUUUCCACCCCUUGAUUCCUGGACCCAUGAAUCCUGGCAAUGGCAGAAAUGGCACCACAUAAUGGAUGCUGGUUUAGAGCAUAUACAGCUUCCUGGAGAACACUGCCUGAAGCCUUCAAGGUAUGCAACCUAGCUGCCCCGUAAUUCUGUCUUUAGAAGGCCAUUCCAUCAUUCUAUCAAGCCAGCUGCUUCAAAAUGAUGGGGAAUAUGAUAAGAACAGUGAAUUCCAUGAGCAUGGGUCCACUGCUGCACUUCAUUUGCUGUGGAAGUGAGUCUCUUGAUCCAAGGCAAUGCUGUGUGGGAUACCAUGAUGGUAGAUAAGGCAUUCUGUAAAUCCACGUAUGAGUUUUGGCAGAAGCAUUUCAUGCAGGGAAGGCAAAUCCAUAUCCAGAGUAAGUGUCUAUUCCAGUAAGAACAAAACACUGCCCUUUCCAUGAUGGAAGUAGCACAAUGUUGUCAACUUGCCACUAGGUUGCUGUCUGAUCAUCACGAGGAACGAUGCCAGUUGAGGACUCAGUGUUGGUCUCUGGUGCUGGGAAAUCGGGUACUCAACAGUGGCUGUAGCCAAGUUGGCCUUGGUGAGUGGAAAUCCAUGUUGCAGAGCCUACCCGUAACCUCCAUCACGGCCACCAUGGCUACUUUGUUCACUGAGCAAUGAUGGGAGUGGCUAGGCAAAGAGGAUGAGUGGUUUCCACAGAACGUGUCAUCCUAUCCACUUGAUUGUUAAAGUCCUCCUAUGCCGCAGUCAUCCUUUGGUGAGCAUUCACAUGAGACACAAAUAUCUUCACUUCUUUGGCCCAUUCAGAGAGGUCUACCUGCAUAUCUCUACCUUAUACCUCCUUGUCUCCAGUUUUCCAAUCAUGUUCCUUCCACAUUCCUGGCCAUCCAGCCAAACCACUGGCCACAGCCCAUGAGUCAGCGUACAGUCAAAUAUCUGGCCAUUUCACCUUCCAAGCAAAGUGAACAACCAGGUGCAAGGAUCGAAGUUCUGCUCAUUGGGAUGAUUUCCCUUUACCAUUGUCCUUCGAGGAGGUCCCAGAAAGGGGCUGUAGUGCUGCCACUGUCUGCUUUUGAGUGGUGCGUGCAUAUCACACAGAACCAUCUGUAAACCAGGCACGAGGUUUCUCUUUCUCAAUCAACUGAUCAUAAGGAACUCCCCAUGAGGCUUUAGAAGCAGACUGGGAGAGGAAGGUAACAUCACAGGAGUGGAGAAUGGGCAUUCGACCCACUUCCUCAUGCAACGUAAUCGUGCCUUCAGGUCCUGCUCGGGCUGGAUCUUGUAUAUACCACUUCCAUUUAAUGAUGGAGUGCUGCUGUGCAUGUCCAGCUUUAUGACUCUGUGGAUCAGACAACACCCAGUUCAUGAUGGGAAGCUCAAGCUGCAUGGUGACUUGGUGGCCCAUGGUUAGGUGUUCAGUCUCUACUAAGGCCCUAUAACAAGCCAAAAGCUAUUUUGCAAAAGAGUAAUUAUUUGCAGAGGAUGGCAGGGCUUUGCUCCAAAUUCCUAAGGGUCUGUGCUGUGAUUCACCAACUGGGGCCUGCCAAAGACUCCAGACAGCAUCUCUACACUUCCAGCACCACUGGACAAGCCAGACCAUAUGGCCCGAGUGGCAGAGCAGCUUGCAUGGCAGCCUGAACCUGGUGCAGAGCCUUCUCUUAUUCUGGGCCCCACUCAAAACUAGAAACUUUUUGAGUCACUUGAUAAAUAGGCCAGAGUAGCACACCCAAAUGAGGAAUAUGUUGCCUCCAAAAUCCAAAGAGACCCACUAGGUGUGCCUCCUUUUUAGUUAUGGGAGGAGCCAGAUGCAAUAACUUAUCCUUCACUUUAGAAGGAGUAUCUAGAUAUACCCCCACAAGAUUGGACCCCUAGAAAUUUCACUGAGGUGCAAGGUGCCUGAAUUUUUGUUGGAUUAGUUUCCCACCCUCUAGCAUGAAAAUGUUUUAUCAUUAGAGGGGAGUGCAGGGGCUAAUGGCUUUACCAGGGAGAGUGGCUUAGCAGACAAACAUGAAGUAAUCUGAUGGGAGUGAGAGGUCUGGCUCUGUUGGCAGAAGUGAUUCAGUGGGCUCAGUAUCUCAAGCUUCCUGAUUAUCUGCCCAUAUGUCCCCAUCCCAAGUUUCAGGAUCCCAUUUCUUCCCAAUCAGCACCCUCACUUUAACUUCAGACACCACUCAACAUUAGGAAUUCAGUUGGCAUUGUAAUUCAGUCACUCUUACCAUAAGACUCUGGGUUUGGUUUUCGGCAAUAUCAGCUCCGUUACUACAAGAAAUAAGGCUUUCUUUCAAGGCACAAGUGGAAAUUUUGAGGUCAUUUAUAUGGCACUUGAGCUUUGACUCUGAAGCCCUGAGUUCAUCUCUAUUUCACCACUUUGUUUAGCAAAAGUAGGACCAACCAAUCAGUUUCCUUAUACUUCUCAUUCUGACAAAACUGUAGAAAGGUAUCAAACAUACAGUCACCCAGAGCCUCACCACUUUGUCUACUGAAAGUAGGACCAAUCAACCAGCUUCCUUAUUGUCAUGGAUUUAAUUGUGUCCCCCCCAAAUAUCUGUCAACUUAGCUAGGUCUCGAUUCCCAGUAUUGUAUGAUUGUCUACCAUUUUGUCAUCUGAUGUGCUUUCCCUAUGUGCUUAAAUCCUAUUACUGUGAUGUAAUGAAAUGGAUUAGUGGCAGUAAUAUUGAUGAGAUCUACAAAAUUAGAUAGUGACUUAAGCCAAUCUCUUUUGAGAUAUAAAAGAGAGAAGCGAGCAGAGAGACAGGGGGACCUCAUACUACCAAGAAGGCAGUGCCGGGACCAGAACAUACCCUUUAGACCUGACAUUCCUGCACUGAGAUGCUCCCAAACCAAGGGAAAACUGAUGCAUCACACUGACCUUCCUCCAGAGCUGCCAGAGAGAGAAAGCCUUCCACUGGAGCUGGCGCCCUGAAUUCAGACUUAUAGCCUACUGGAUUGUGAGAAAAUUAACCUCUCUUUGUUAAAGCCGUCCACUUGUGGUAUUUCUGUUAUAGCAGCACUAGAUGACCAAGGCACUUAUAUUUCUCAUUCUAACAAAAUUGUGGAAAGAUAUCAAACAUCUGAUCACCCAGAGCCUUACCUCUCACCAAUACCUGAUCUAUUGGUAGUGAUAUUUUGCAUAUUUCUAUUGGCUCCUUACACCGUGCCCUCUUUACUACUGGAAGCAGAGUCAUCAACAUCUUUAAGACUAAACAGACUUGAAAACCAGUUUAGAAACUCAUCCUUAAAAUUUUGUUUCUCUAGAACCACAUCUAUACCAAAUGUCUUAGGCUGGGUUCCCUAGAGAAGCAAAACCAGUAAAGCUUAUAAAUAUAUAUGUAGAGAGAUUUGUAUCACAUAAUUGUAGAGGCUGGAAUGUCUCAUGUCCAUGGGUCAGGAUAGAGGUUUCUCCUGAUUCACACAGCCACAGGGGUUGGCAAACUCAAGAUCAGCCAGUCAGACAGCAGCUGUCUUACUCACAGACUGCCAAGAUUGACAAAUCCCAAGAUCCACAGGCAAGGUGGCAGGUAAGCUGCUAGCUGAUGUCCCAAGAACUGGAGCUCAAAUGAACAGAAGCCAGCUGCAGGAUCCACGGUGAGCAAAAUCCAUGAGCCUUGCCAGAAAGUCCACUUAUACUGAAUGCAGACAACAUCCCCAAGGAAACUCCCUUUCAACUGACUGGCUACUCAACAGCAAAUUCCAUCAUGGGGGUGAUCACAUAUCAAAUCUCAUCAUGGAAGUAGUCAUCAUACAAUUGCCAAACUACAUCAUAACUGCCAAACUACUGAGAAUCAUAGCCCAGCCAAGCUGACACACAACUUUAUCAAUUACAAUAAUGUAGCAACUCUAAGUAUUGGUCUCCCACCCCCCUCCCUCCUCCAGGACUUGUUAUUAGUUUAUUUGUUUAGUGAUGGACUGCAUUAUUUUACUGAAGUUUAUCCUCCCUCCCCACAGUGUUAAGUCUCUAAAAUUGCUCCUCAGGGAGCUGCAGUUUUGGGGAUCCCCAGAGUCACCGUGGGUUGACAGUUUUACUGAUAAAAAACAAAAAUCCAUUGCUUUUGAGUCAAUUCUGACUCAUAGCAACCCUACAGGACAAGUAGAACUGCUCCACAAGGUUUGCUAGGAGCAGCUGGUGGGUUCAAACUGCAGACAUUUUGGUUAGCAGCUAUGCUCUUCAACACUGUGCCACCAGGUCUCCAUUUUACUGAUUGAGCUUAUCAGAUAUAUGCAACUCAGAACACCAUUAACAGAUUGCUGUGCUUGCUUGCUGAAAGUGAAGAGGACUUGAAGCACUUACUAAUGAAGAUCAAAGACUACAGCCUUCAGUAUGCAUUACACCUCAACAUAAAACAAAAAUCCUCACAACUGGACCAAUAAGCAACAUCAUGAUAAACGGAGAAAAGAUUGAAGUUGUCAAGUAUUUCGUUUUUCUUGGAUCCGCAAUCAACACCCGUGGAAGCAGCAGUCAAGACAUCAAGAUGCAUUGCAUUGGGCAAAUCUGCUGCAAAAGACCUCUUUAAGGUAUUAAAAAGGAGAGAUGUCAGCACAACUGAAUUAAACCAAAAGCAAAGAAGUUUCCUGAAUAAACUGAAUGCUUCGAAGGCCAGUGUAGCAGGGGGAGGGGCCUGGGGACCAUGGUUUCAGGGGACAUCUAAGUCAAUUGGCAUAAUAAAGUCUAUUAAGAAAACAUUCUGCAUCUAAAGUGGGAUGCAGAAUGUUUUCUUAAACGCUAGCAAGCAGCCAUCUAAGAUGCAUCAAUUGGUCUCAACCCACCUGGAUCAAAGGAGAAUGAACACCAAGGACACAAGGCGAUUACGAGCCCAAGAGGCAGAAAGGACCACAUGAACCAGAGACUGCAUCAUCCUGAGACCAGAAGAACAAGGUGGUGCCCGGCUACAACCCGAUGACUGCCCUGACAGGGAACACAACUGAGAACCCCUGAGGGAGCAGGAGAGCAGUGGGAUGCAGACCCCAAAUUCUCAUAAGACCAGACUUAAUAGUCUGACUGAGACUGGAAGUACCCCGGUGGUCAUGGCCCCCAGACCUUCUGUUGGCCCAGGAUAGGAAACAUUCCUGAAGCCAACUCCUCAGACAUGGAUUGGACCGGACAAUGGGUUGGGGAGGGAUGCUGGUGAGGAGUGAGCUUUUUGGAUCAGGUGGACACUUGAGACUAUGUUGGCAUCUCCUGCCUGGAGGGGAGAUGAAAGUGUGGAGGGGGUUAGAAGCUGGCGAAAUGGACACGAAAAUAGAGAGCGGAGGGAAAGCAGGCUGUCUCAUUAGGGGGAGAGUAAUUGGAAGUGUGUAGCAAGGUGUAUAUGGGUUUUUGUGUGAGAGACUGACUUGAUUUGUAAACUUUCACUUAAAGCACAAUAAAAAUUAUUAAAAAAAAAAAAAUGUCGCCUUGAGGACUAAGGUGCACCUGACCCAAGCCGUGGUGUUUUCAGUCGCCUCAUAUAUGUGUGAAAGCUGGACAAUGAAUAAGGAAGAAGAACUGACAGCUUUGAGUUGUGGUGCUGUCGAGGAAUAUUGACUAUACCAUGGACUGCCGAAAGAGGGAAAGAUCUGUUUUGGAAGAAGUACAGCCAGAAUGCUCCUUAGAAGCAAGUAUGGCAAUACUAUGUUUCACAUAUUUUGGACAUGUUAUCAGGAGAGAUCCUGGAGAAAGACAUCAUGCUUGGUAAAGUAGAGGGUCAGCGAAAAAGAGGAAGACCUUGGACAAGAUGAUUGACACAGAGGCUCCUACAAUGGGCUCAAGCAUAAGGACGACUUAAGGAGGUGAACGACAGGGCAGUGUUUCCUUCUGUCGUAUACAGGCUCACUAUGAGUCAGAACCAACUCAACAGCACCUAACAACAACAUGCAAGUUUAGGAGCCCUGGUGGCACAGUGAUUCAGAGCUCAGCUGCUAACCAAAAGGUCAGCAGUUCGAAUCUACCAGCUGUUCCUUGGAAACCGUACGGGGCAAUUCUACUCUGUCUUAUAGGGUCGCUAUUAGUUGGAAUUGAUUCUGGCAACGGGUUUGGUUUGGUAUGCAGGUUUAAUAAUCAACUUUUAAAUUGGGCAGCACAUCAUUACCAAAUAAAUCAGUACACUGAUUAAUUAGGAUUUUUAAAGUGCUUAUAUAUAAUGUUAUCAGGAACUUCAAACACAAAUUUCUGAUUGGUUGAAAUUUACAUUAAAAAAACAGUAUGUAUUCAAAUUAUGAGUCUGAAUCGACUCGACGGCACUGGGUCACUGGGUUAUUCAAAUAUUAUUAAAGUUUAAAUUGAAACUUUGGUAAACAAUUAUAAGGCAAUGACAAGAUCAGUGAGUCAUGGUUAUAAGACCCCCGUAGCUUUGAAAAUAGGAUAUGUUCAUUAAUCUUGAUUGUUUUCUCAGAGUAUACGUUUCAUGUGAAAGUUAAUAAUAAUGAAACCAGCCUGUUUGGUUUCAGUGAGCCUGAUCACCUAGAAACAAUUAUGUGAAACAAAACAAGCUACUUCUACAGGUUAAUAAUUUAAAGCAUAGCUAAAAGAUGAUUUAUUUGUUACAAUGCACAGAUUUCUAGCAAGAUGAUCUUUACUGUCAUGGGUAGAAAAACUUUUUCUGAUUUCAUAAUACAAAACUUGUAAAAAUUUAGCACCCACAGGUGCUAAACUGCCUUAAUUUCUGGCUGAUUGCUCAGUUAUUUUCAACAAUGCCCUGGGGAAUAAAUUUUUUACAGGCUAAUCCAAUCAAAGUGUGGGUUCUUUGAAGGAAUAGUUUCUGAGGUUCCUGUCUGAUAUUUGUUCUGACCUCAGAAGGACUCUGGAGCUGGAGAUGGGGAUAAUCUUUUCUUUGAGUGACAUGUUGGCUCUAGGAGUUGAGCACUUGGUGGAGGAGAGGCAGUAGUCUGAGGUCCUCUUGGCUUCCUAGUGGGGAACCACGACCUCAAGAGCUGGGUAAGGGCUAUCAUCACCCAAAUAUUCUCAGUGCACCUCACUCUGCCACCAGUGGGAUCUGGACCACAACAGGGAGCCCCCACCUCUUGACCACAAUUGCAUAGGACUUAGCCUCAGCAAUAGGCAGCCAAGGGCAGGAUGAGAAAUGCUAUGUACUGCUCCUCCUGAGAAGAACGCCCUCUGACUGGGAGCUGAGGAGAAAUGGAGCCUGUGUUCCUGGCUGCAGAAGUCUGGACUGGAAUCUGCCUCCCUGAGCCACCGGCUCUUACCUUUCUAAUUUUCUUAGAUUUUUCUUGAAUAGAUUCUUUUUUUUAUUUACUGUUUGCCCUUAGGAUCAUUUCCUGAGGCUUUAUGUUGUUGCUUUUUUUCAUUUUCACCAGUUUCACUGUGGAGUGGGUGUCUUAGUUAUCUAGUUCUGCUACAACAAAAAUACCACAAGUGGAUGGCUUCAACAGAGAAAAGUUUAUUCUCUCAGAGUCCAGUAGGCUACAUGUCCAAAUUCAGGGCAUCAGCUUCGGGAGAAAGGUUUUCUCUGUCAGGUCUGGAAGAAGGUUCUUGUCAUCAAUCUUCCCCUGGACUAGGAGCUCCUCCACGCAGGAACCCCGGUCCAAAGGACAUGCUCUGCUCCCGGCACUGCUUUCUUAGUGGCAUGAGGUCCCCCACUCUGUGCUUGUUUCCCUUUUCUUUUAUCUCUUGUAAGAUAAAAGCUGGUACAGGCCAUUCCCCAGGGAAACUCCCUUUAUAUUGGAUCAGGGAUGUGACCUGAGCAAGGGUUUAUAUCCCAUCGUAAUCUUCUUAACCACAGGCAGAGAUUAUGAUUUAUAACACAUAGGAAAAUUACAACAUGGAGGACAACCACACAAUACCAGGAACCAUGGUCUAACCAAGCUGACACAUAUUUUUGGGGGACACAGUUCAGUCCAUGACAGUGGGUCAGCAGAGCUCCUCACACUGUCAUGCCGACAGUCAGUCUCCUAGACAUGAUUUUAAACCUCUGCACUCACUACACAUCCCGUGUUCUUCCAUUUAAAAGAUUACUUGAGGCCCAUCCCAUAGCCACAACUCAGAUUUGCCCCUGCCUGUAAGUGGCUUGGGGAGGCCUCAGCACACAUCUACUCUGUCUUCAACACCAACAGAGCCCCACAUUUGUCCCUGGCCAGUUAAAAUUUGUCUCCCACCUCCCACUAUUUGGGGCAGCCUUGUGACCUGUCUCUGGCCAUUGAGAACCAGAGAGUGACUUUCUGGAGAAAAUCAAGUCUUCUUGAGGGUUGUCCUUUGAUAGUGUCCCACCUGCAAGCAAUUGGAGUAGCACCAAAGGUAUAAGCUGGAGUCACAGGGGAUAAAGCAGCCCCAAAAUGCUCUUGGAAAGACUUGGUUUGGAUUCUGAAAAAGAGGCAGCAAAAGUGAGGUCUAUUGGAGUAAAUUAAAGGCUUUAAUAAGGGGAAACACUACAGAAGGGCCCUGCUGAAUCCCAUAAGCCCACCACCAAAAAAAAAAAAAAAAAACCAUUGCCGUAGAGUCAAUUCUGACUCAUAGCGACCCUAUAGGACAGAGUAGAACUGCCCCCAUAGAGUUUCCAAGGAGUGCCUGGUGGAUUUGAACUGCUGACCUUUUGGUUGGCAGCCGUAGCACUUAAUCACUAUGCCACCAGGGUUUCCACCGGCAAUUAACCUAGGUUAUGAUACUGGUGUACCAAGGGCCUUUGU